AUGGAUUGUGGUUUGGAAUUUGGGGUGCUUAAAGAUAUUUUGGCACAACAGUAUUUGGACUCAAAAGCAGAGUUAACAGAUCACCUGAAAAGACAGAAGCUGGGAUUUGGUCCUAAAGAAGUGGAGAAAAAAAGUUUCAACGUGACAAAUGGCAGGGUUUUGGAGAGGGGUUUGGUGAGUUUACUAAAAGGUGAUCAGCUAAAUGAAAAGGGACAGAAAGGGAGCAAGGGGGACACACCAGGGCAGAAGAAGCAUAGGCUUCCAGUUAAUGAGAAAGCUCACGUCCUCCCCUGGCUCAUCGUUCCCGGACCGACUUUGAGGGGUUGUUUCUUUUUUCCCCCCUCUUGCAGAUUUCUCCACUUGGCAAUUAUUCACGAAGAAAAGGCCUUGAGCGUGGAAGUCAUUCGGCAGGCAGCUGGUGAUCCUGCCUUCCUGAACUUUCAGAAUAACCUGAACCAGACACCACUUCACCUGGCAGUAAUCACAGAGCAGGCUGAAAUUGCUGAGUCUCUUCUCAAGGCCGGUUGUGAUCCAGAAAUCAGAGAUUUCCGAGGAAACACACCACUUCAUAUUGCCUGUGACCAGGGGUCUCUCAGAGCUGUCAGCGUCCUUACUCAAUACUGCCAGCAGCACCACCUAUGCUCAGUCCUGCAGUCAGCUAACUACAAUGGACACACGUGUCUCCAUUUGGCAUCUAUUCAAGGGUAUCUGGCUAUAGUAGAAUAUUUGCUGUCCUUGGGAGCAGAUGUCAAUGCUCAGGAGCCUUGUAAUGGCAGAACUGCCCUGCACUUAGCUGUAGAUCUGCAGAAUUCAGAACUGGUGUCACUUCUAGUAAAACAUGGGGCUGAUGUGAACAAAGUGACCUACCAGGGCUAUUCUCCAUACCAGCUGACAUGGGGAAGAGAGAGCUGCAGGAUACAGGAACAGCUAAAGCACUUAACCAUGGCUGACCUACAAAUGCUACCAGAAAGUGAGGAUGAGGAGAGCUGUGAAUCAGAAUCAGAAUUCAUGGAGGAUGAAAUUAUGUAUGAUGACUGUGUUAUUGGAGGACGACAGCUGGUGUCCUAAAGAAGAACUAUCUCAUAAAGGACAUGACUGUACAUAUGUAUAGGAAGCGGACUUAUUUUCUUUAAAAAAGAUAAAAUGUGAAAAAAAAGUUGAAAUACUACACUGCACAGCAUGGACUACAUGAUUAUGACAGCAGAUUUAACAUUCUGACCCAUACUUUACUUAUGGAAGUUGGAUGUGUAACAUCAGUAGAAGUCUGUUUAUUUGUAGCAGUUAUGGAUUAACUGGUGGUCAAAAUGUAUGAACAGUAUGAGGACAACAAACUACUGGAUCCACCUGAAUAUUUUGUGUACGCGAAUGCAUAUGAAAGAUGUCUUGAGUUUUUCUGUGGAGUUGCUUAGUCCUAGAUGGCUGGACAGAUUCACAUGAGUAUCCCAUCCUCUUGAAGACAUUGCAUACAUUUCUGUUGGGCUGAUUAUAAUAGCUCCUUAUGACUGACCUCAGCUGCUCUUUGUGCUGUAUUGCAGAAAGAGAAAACAAAAGAAUGACUUUUGGCUUUUAUGGGAAAGGUAGCAAUAAUGUUACCUUGUGCAUUGGAAACAAUGUCUCACCCUAAAUAUGUGGCAUGAUUGCUACACUUUUAGGAGUUGUAUAUAAUGUAUAUAUUGUAUAUUUUGUUUAUAAUUAUUUUGAUACCUGACAGAGGUAUAUUUAUUAAAUAAUGAAGUCCAUAGUAGUCCCACAUGCAUUAUUUCCAAGUCCAUCAGACCAAAGUUGACUAAACUCAUUUUAGGCCAGCUAACAACAUAUUUAUAAUAGUAUUUUACAUGACUCUGGACCCCAAGGGCUUCACAAAUGAUAUACGUGCAGCCUUAUCACUGAAACGCUGCUAGAG